GUCAGCGACACAAACGACCGAGCGGCUCGCAGGUACUCCCGCGCGACGCCCACACCGCCCCCCGGGUCACGUCCAUCUUGUCCCAGUAGCGAACGCCCAAAUCAUGGCGUCCACGACCGUCGUCGCCGUCGUCGCGCGCGCCGUCGUCUCGGCCAAAUCCUCCAGCCAGAGGGGUCUCGGUUCCGCCACCAGGGUCCGCGGCGUCGCCGUGCCCAAGACCAGCGCCAGGCUCUCCACCCGGCGUUCCGCCGCACGCGGUGCCCUCAAGGUGUCCGCGAACGGUCUGCCCCCCAACCUGGCGGGCAUGAUGGGCAACAUGGACCCCGAGAAGAUGAAGGAGAUCCAGGAGGCUUACGCCAAGGCGAUGAAGGAUCCCGAGACGGCGAAGAAGGUGAACGCGCAGAUGGCGCAGAUGCAGGGUAUGAUGAACAACCCCAUGGUGCAGAAGCAGAUGCAGGCCAUGAAUAACAUGAUCUCGAACCCCGACAUGCAGCGCAGGAUCGCGGCGCUCAAGGACGACCCCGACUUCCAGGACUUCUUCAACGACGUCCAGAAGAACGGCCCGUCCGCCAUGAUGAAGUACUCCAACGACGCCGCGUUUCUCAAGAAGCUCAACGACAAGCUCGGCGGCGAGGAUGCCAUCCGCGCGGCUGUCGGCGGGUCCAUCCCCGGCGAGCCCGCCGCCGCGCCCGCCGCCGCCGCCGCGCCCACGCCCGAGGUCGAGACCCUGCACGACGCGGCGAGGUACGGUGACGUGGAGGCUGUGGAGGACUUCAUCGCGAUUGGCAAGGAUGUCAACGCGCGGGACUCGAGCCAGCGCACUCCGCUCCACUACGCCAUCGCGUUCGGCAAGGGCGACGCGGGCGAGGAGAUCUUCAACCAGCUGAUCGAGGCGGACAGUGACCUGACCGCGGUGGACGAGAAGAAGAACACCCCGCUCCACUACGCGUGCGGCUACGGGAAGACCUUCGCCGUCAGGGCGCUCCUGGAGAAGGGCUGCGACAUCACCGCGCAGAACGGCACCGGCAAGACCCCAAUCGACCUGGUGAAGCUCGAGGCGAAGAACCCCAUCAACGAGGAGACGGACCUGAUCGAGAAGCUCACCCCGGCGUGAGUGAGGGAAGGAGGCGUAUUAUGAGCGCAUAGCAUCAAACUUGUGUAUACAUCCAUCACAUCCGUGUC